AAGCAUCUUACUCCAGCAAGAGUGUUGUGUGACGACCUUUAACGACGGGUACAAAAGAUAAGUAAUUCGCAACGGAGCAUACGUUACAUACCAGUUAUGUCGGAAAAUUUCACAGUAAUUCAAGAAAAGAAAGGAGAGCUUACUGGACCACGACAAGCAUUGAUUCAUGGUGUACGAUUAUCAUUCUAUGCUCCCAACAUUGAUAAAGAUUUUGAGAAGGAUUUAAACCAUUUUGAAACCCGGUCAGACGAUAUCUAUGUGGUCAGUUUUCCAAAAUCAGGAACAACCUGGAUGCAAGAAAUUGUCUGGCAAAUUUUCAACGAUGGAAAAAUCAGUGAAGAAAGAGUGGAAAGGCGAUACGCCAUUUUGGAGACAAGUCAACUCUUCGACAGGCCCAGAGGCGAUUCAGACAAGAAGGUCUCGUUGAAUUCUCAGCCUAGUCCCCGCUUAAUAAAGUCACAUCUUCCUUAUCACGUGAUUCCGAUGAGCAAAGAUGAAAGCAAAAGAAGCAAGUAUAUUUACGUGGCAAGAAAUCCAAGGGACGUUGCUAUUUCAUAUUAUCACUUUGUCUUGAGCUUUGGCGCCGACAGUUACUUUAAUGGGACCUGGAGGUUCUUUGUAAAGUUGUUUCUUGAAGGAAAAAAUUCAUCUGGCUUGUGGUCUGAUCACGUGCUACCCUGGUGGGAACACAAAGACGACCCUCACGUCUUGUUUCUCAAAUACGAAGAUUUAAAGAAGGAUCUUUGUGGUAACGUUCGACUAAUCAGCGAAUUUCUCGAGAGGCCACUGUCAGAUGAAAUGAUCUGUAAAAUCGCUCACCAGUGUACGUUUGCUGAGAUGAAGAAACAGUCAAGCUCUUAUAUCCUUUCGGCAUAUGCUACCAAACCAAACUUGCUUCGCAAGGGUCAGAUUGGAGAGUGGAAGAGCCUGUUCAGUGAAGAAUUAAACAAGCAGUUUGACGAAACAUUCUUUGCGAAAUUGCACGGGUCUGGGCUGCAUUUUGACAUAGAAUAACACACACUGACUGGUUUUGAAACUGAAAAUUAAUCCCUUUAGUGUAGUACUUUAUCGUAUUUGCUAUUGCGUAGCUGGGCCAAGCAAUCUCUUUUCUCUGGAGUUUCUGAGUAGCAAUUCGUUAUUGCACUCCUGAAACGAUUAUCGGGUUCAAUAUUCAAAUAAUCAAAUCAUUAAUGUAAUCCUGAGGCCGGGUACGCUUGACUUAGUUUGACUG